UUUUGAUAACAUUUAGCAGCAUCCACCGUUCACUUCCCAGCAACAGUGGAAGACUCUUUGGUUGUUGGGUUAAUAUAUGACAGUGAAGAAGGAUACAUGCAGUGAGGUGACAGCCCUUCAUUGCAGCAAUCUGGCUGUGCAUGGUCUCCGGUCUGCAUGAGGUGUCAUCAUGUGAUUGGUCUUUUGGGACAGAGCACUAAACCUGUCAAAGCCUUUCAGCACCAUGGACAGAGACUGGUCCCUGAUGUGACCCUGCUGAUGGUGAAACGGAUGAAUGAGGCCACACUGUGAUGAAAUGGCCUCCCAUACAUUUUCCUUUAUCAUCUCGGUCAUAAGAACGAACCUGUCUACAUGUCCCCUAUAUGGCAUUAUAUUUUAUCCCUCUCUCAGCAUGGACAAUGAAAGGCUUUCUGACCUCUAGCGAAGGGCGCACAGCUCCUCGCAGGGAGGGAAAGGCGAAUCUUAUGAAUGGCUUGAUGGAUGGAUACAGAGAUGGAGGCAGGGGCUGGUUUGCUGUGGAGGGAGGAGGAGGAGGGGGGGUCACCAUAAAAAGCCUGAGCAUAUUGUGCAAAGCUCUCGUUUCAUUGGUGGAGAUGUAUUCAAUGAAAAAAGUGGUUUUAUUAGCUGUAGCUGAGCAGGAUUGGCAAAAGAUUUGGGUAGAAUGUCUCUCCGGCAUAAUACCUGCAGGUUGGGGUAACUGAUGCCCCCACGUGUUGCCACAGAGUCGUUAAACUGUACAGUAUCCCAAAGGCAAUAUUAGUGAACUGCAGUGACUCGAAUAAUAGUGUGGAAAAUGUCAGUUUUUGGGUGUGCUCUCCUGCAGCGUGCUGGGGAGCGUAUAUAUGUCUGAGGGCAUUUAAAGCUGAAGUCUCGAAAACUCCCAGCUCGCCUCGCCAUGCUGAGGAAUCCAUUGAGAGAAUUUCGCAGCGUUAGUCAUCGCAACAACUAUCCGCAGUGUGUGUAGUAGUCGCCUAUAGCCUCUCUUGCACCUCUUGCACUGGAGAUCCACAGUGGGCGCCGUGCAGGGCUUGGCUACAGACGCACUCUGUGUGCUGUGUGUCUGUGCACUGCGUGCGUGAUUUCUCUUUCACCCACCCGCAGAGGUUUGACACAGUCGACCGGCAUGGUCACAUGCUGGUUGGGCCGGUGGCGGUGUGCCGGUGGGUGCCCGGGUCAUUAGGGUGUUUGCGCAGGACGUGGCGAGCCGACGCCAGUGACCGGGCAGGUGAUGUUUGCUCACGUAAGCCGCUCGCGUUUGAUGAGGGGCGCAGGGGACGCGGCUGGAGGGUGCGCGCUACUGUUGCAUCGCCUCACCGGAUAACCGCUGCUAUCUCAUCCUGUCCGUCUGUUCCUCCCCGGUUUUCUGUUCUCUUUUUUUUAUUUUGCUUACCGAACUAACGGAUUUGCAGGAGUGGGACUCUUUUGGCGAUCGAAAUAAGUGGAUAAAAGGACCCGACCUUGCGUGUGCGUGUGCGUGGAGUGCGUAUCGUUUCUUGUGAUUCCCCUGUACGCGCAAGCUGCUUUUUUCCUUCCAGAGAGGCAAUGCGCCCACCCAUGCGAUGCUAGCCUAUUAGCUGGAGAGAGAGAGAGAGAGAGAGAGAGAGAGAGAGAGAGAGCGAGAGAGAGAGAGAGAGAGAGGUUUCAGCCCUGGAUUCGAGAGGAGGCUAAUUUACGAGUCUUGUUUUGCCUUUCAGGAAAAGGGGAGAUAAGAGGGGGAGGGUGGUUGGUGAAGGAGAAUGCAGCAAUCACAUUUUUAAGCAUGCAGAAGCGGGCCGUUUCCGGUUCCUAGGCUGGUGUGUCCCCCCAUCCGAGGCCAGCAGCCGUAUGGGGAAAGCAGCGGCAGACACAGAUGGCAUGGACACUUCCACAACGUCUGCCGCUCUGCCCUGCCUGCUCUGCCGGAGCCCGUUCGCCGCCGUCUCUCUCUUCCAGCUCGCUCCGCCGCCCAGCAGCACUGCAGCACAGCACAGGCUGACGGCAUGAGGCUUGAUCCAGUGCAUUUCUCCAUGCUGGUCAUCGGGGUCUCCUUCGCCUGUUACGCCCCGAGUCUCAACUCCCUCCAGGACCAGGCGUACCGAUCAGCCGUGGUCAUCGAGGGCGAGGUGCGCUCCUCCCCGGAGAACGUCUCCUCCCGGGAGCCAUACAGUGUGAAUGUCAAAGUGCUGGACGUGUGGCCCGUCAACAGCGGCGGCCUCGAGAGGGAGCAGCUCGUGACCGUCGGGGACUUCGGUUCCGAGGCCCCGUGCACCACGGUGGAGAAGGACCACAGAUAUAUCUUUUUCAUGGACCCGACCGCCGAGCCCUUGGUAUUCAAGGCAUCGUACGCCCCUGUGGACGCCAGCGAGCCGGAGCUGAAGAAGGAUGUGGAGAGAGUGUUGUGCGAGGACUGCGCCUCUGCUCCUAAGCUUCGGCUGAUGCGAGGCCAGUCUCUGAUGGAAGGGGACAAGCUGUACUUGAAGUGUGAGGCGUCGGGGAAUCCCAGCCCUUCCUUCCGCUGGUACAAAGAUGGGCACGAGCUGCAGAAAGGCAGAGACCUCAAAAUAAAGACCAACAAAAAAAAUUCAAAGGUGCAGAUCAGUCGUGUCCGUGUGGAAGACUCUGGCAACUACACCUGUGUGGCUGAAAACUCACUAGGACAAGAAAACCUCACGAGUAUAAUCAGCGUACAGAUCUUGACCACCACCACCCCGUCUCCAGGUGUGAGUCACGCCAGGCGCUGUAACGACUCGGAGAAGGCCUACUGCGUCAACGGGGGAGACUGUUACUUCAUACAUGGUAUUAACCAGCUGUCCUGCAAGUGUCCCAAUGACUAUACGGGGGACCACUGUCAAAACUCCGUCAUGGCCGGUUUCUACAAGCUUCUCAGAAUUGAAUUUAUGGAGGCCGAGGAGCUCUACCAGCGACGGGUGCUGACGAUCACAGGCAUCUGUGUGGCGUUGUUGGUGGUUGGCAUCGUUUGUGUGGUGGCCUACUGCAAAACCAAGAAGCAGAGGAAGAAGAUGCACAGUCACCUACAGUGUGUGGAGCAACCCAACCGCGUGCUGGCAAAUGGACCCAACCACCUCGGACCUGGUUGCGAGGAGAUCGCCCUGGGUGACUACAUCCCCAAGAGCGUCCCAACAACAGAGUGUGUGAUCAGCCACGGAGCCGAGGGUGCAGGCAACUACGCAGGCAGCCGAAUGUCUACCCGCUCCCACCACUCUACCACUGCCUCACAUGCUUCCAGACACGAGGAGCAGACGUGGAGCAUGGAGCGAACAGAGAGUAUGAACUCAGACUGCCAGUCAGGUGGGCUGUCCAGCUCUGUGGGAACCAGUAAGUGCAGCAGCCCGGCAUGCAUGGCGAGGAGGGCCGCCCACUGGGGCUGUACGGACGUGUCCGGACCGGGAAUGCAGUACGGGGAUUCCUACGACUCUCUAAGAGACUCGCCUCACAGUGACAGGUAUGUGUCGGCGCUGACUACGCCAGCGCGCCUGUCUCCAGUGGAGUUUCACUACCCCCCGUUGCCGCCCCAGGUGCCCACCUUUCAGAUCACCUCGCCCAACACAAGCCACGCACUCUCCCUGCCACCCGCCGCUGCCGCCUACCACAGAGAGGACGACCAGCCGCUGCUACGGUGCCCUGAUGAUGGAAGUUUAUACAGGCAGCCCCGGCGUCCGCGGCGACCUUACCUGACGGAGAGCACGGGAAGUCUACCGUCCAGCCCCUACCGUCUCCCUGACGACGAGGCCUACGAGACCACGCAGGAGUACGCCUCUUCACGGGAACCGAUCCGGAGCCGGCGCCGCCCGCGACGCAACCGCCUCAAUGGACACAUCUCCCAGCGUUCAGCGGGCCUACGGGACUACAGCUCACAGAGCUUCAGCCAGUCAGAGGAGGAGGAGGAAGAGGAGGAGGAAGAGGACACUCACGGGGAGAGCACACCUUUCCUUAGUAUGCAGAACAUGAACGUGGACCCGCCCUUAACUGUCCCAGGUUACCGUUCGUCAUCCGGCGCGGACACACGGACUCACCGCGGGCUGAGUCGGCCGGGGACACGCAGCAACGGGCAGAGCCGCGGCUCCCAGUCGCAGCGCUCCAAGGCUGACAACAUGCCCCUUUAAGACUUAACCUACCCCCGAUCCCCACCCCACCCCCCCAA